GGCGUUCAACUCCGCGCGCAACAGCUCCUUGAAAGCGCGCACAGCCUGCAUUCAUUUCGAUCAUGAAACUUUAAAUCUUUUUCAAACGUUUACCUUCUUUAGUUAACUCUCUAUUUAUUGAAAACAAAACAAUUUAUGGUCGUGGUGCAUUUAGAAGUCUUAUUUUCUCUUUUAGAAGUUUGUCGGUGAUGGGCAUGGGUGUACCAAUGGUGAGUUUUCUCUGGCUCACCCUGCUGAUCAGUGGACGGUGUGCUUUGGCUUUUUCGGUCGCCGGACAGCACGAGACGACCUGUGAGGCGAACGGCAGCGUGUACUAUGUGGGCGAAUGGUACUUUUUAGACUCGGAUCCUUGUACUCAGUGUGAAUGUACAGCAGAAGGACCCGCAUGCUCGAGGACGGAGUGCACAUCCCUGCCGGCCGCCUGCAUCCAUGUCAGCCAUUACCCGACAGACUGCUGCCCGAGAUGCGAGAAGAUCGGCUGUGAGUACGGCGGCGAAGUUUACGAGCUGGGCCAGCAGUUUCAGCCAUCAGCGUGUGAGCAGUGCACUUGUGACAGCGAUGGUAUCGUCAAUUGUCUGGUAGCGGACUGUGCCCCUCCACCAUGUGUUAACCCAGUCUAUCAAAAAGGAAAAUGCUGUCCAGAGUGCAAGGAUGGGCCCAACUGCUAUGUGGAUGCUUCUAGGACCAAGGUGAUCCCAGCAGGCGAGGCAGUGUGGGUUGACUCCUGUACCAAAUGUCGAUGUCACAACUGGCAGGAUGCGGGUUACUGGGAGGGCUACCUGCUGGCGACUUGUUCGCGUGUCCAAAACUGCCUCUGAAAAAGUGUGAAAAGAGGUCAGACAUAGGGACAUCUGCCAUCCCUAUUAAUAGAACACAACAGAGACUAGCCUAUAAGUUUAGGACACAUGUUAUUUGUCUAGCAUUUGUCUUACAGUAUGUUAACUAACCACUUAACAUUCCAGUUGUUAAUGUAAAACAAGUUGGUAUAAUAUUUUUUAAUUCUGUAUUUUUGGUGUAAUAGCACGAACAGCAGCACUUAUUUCAAAAUAGAAAUAAUGACAUUCUUUGCCAUAUAACGUUUUAUACAUAAUACAAAAAUCAAAUGAAUUAUGAGUAGAGUUUUUGACUUGAGGGACAUUCCCAAAUGACAAAGAUAAUAGAGUUUAGGUCUGAGACACCUUUCUGGCAUGGUUAAAAAUAGCACAGCGAGCAUAUUUGCUUGUUUAUUUGUAUUUUAGUGGCUAUGGUAAAGUUGUUUUAAAACACGUUGUGCAUUUUCACUAAGCUUCACAAUUGCAGAUGUUAGGAUUAUCCGCUAGUCUUUAUUAUCAUUAUCUUUAAGUUUUUUUGUUGGUGUUUUUUAUAUGAUUUAAAGUAGCAUGUACAUUUAUAUACCUAUUCUGCUCCCAAAGCCUGGAAACCAAAGUAUCUUGACACUGUAUGAUUUACAUUACUGUCAUGCAGGCAUGGAAACAGUUAAUGUAGCAAUAAAGAAACCAAUCAUAUAUGAAUUGUACUGUAUAUGAACAAAGCAGGCUCAUUUUUGCUUCAUCACCAUUUAGACGGUUAUUGACUGAUGUGGUAAUGUUAUUUUUUUCAAAGCAUGUAUUUGUUAUAAAGACACAGAAUGUACACAAAUAUAAAAGUGAUCCAUGCGGCUUGUUUUAUCAUCCUGUAAACUGUUAAGUUG